AUGAGUACCUAUUCUUCCCCAACCUCACCAUCUGAGCUUCCUUCCCUGGCAUCAUCUCCGGAACCAGGGAGUCAAGACACCGCUGGAUACCAACUCCAAAAUUAUUAUAUUAGGAAAAUUCAAAAACUAACUGAAGAAAACCAGCUUCUCAGCAAUGAAUUGACCUCCAGCAACCAGAGUCUCCACGUGUCUCGUGAAAUAGGGAGAGUGCUGAUUCAAGCCAACAAUGAUGUGUACAAACAGUAUGAAGAACAGAAGAAGAGGGCUGAUCAACUGGAGAAACAAUUGAAUGCAUUGAAAAAGUAUCAUAUUCUUCGAAAAAUCGAGACGGAGUCGGAGAAAGAAAUGGAACGGAACAGUAAACGGAAGCAAUCGAGAAGAAAGAGAGGAAGAAGAACUGGCAAAAAAGAAACAAAAGGAGCCAAGAAAUAUUAA